AUGGAAGCUCUAAAAACAGAUCAAGAAUAUAUAUUUCAUUGUAGAAAAUGGUUAUCAAAAACAGAAGAUGACAAACAAAUGAUUCGAGAAUUACCAGCUGAAGGAUUAGAUAUAUCAAGAUCUUUACCUAUUGUUAAAUAUAUAGUUGAUGUAUAUACAGAAAAUAAAAUUGGUGCUGGUACUGAUGGAAAUAUCUUUAUUAAUAUUUAUGGUGAAUGUGGCGAUACAGGAGUACGUCCAUUAGAAUAUUCAUUAAAAAAUCAAGUUGAUAAUUUUAUUAUUGAAGCUGUUUCAUUAAAACUAAUACGAAAAGUUCGAAUCGGUCGUGAUGGCAUUGGAGCAGGUUCUGGAUGGUUUUCAAAUAAAGUUGUCGUUCAUCAAGAAGAUGGACGUUAUGAACCAACGACAUUUAUUUGCGAUAGUACUGAUGUUGAUGUACAUUUAAAAAUAUUUGGUGAGAAAGUUACUAGAGAUAAAAUUCAACUAAUCACGUCUAAGAAUAUAAAAAGUAAAUAUGAACGCGGACAAAGCGAUAGGUUUACAAUUGACUGUUAUGAUCUUGGCAAAAUUGAACAUACACUUAUUGGACAUAAUGGAAAAAUUAUUGGUGCACGAUGGUUUCUUAAUUGGAUUGAAAUUGAUGUACCAAAACGUCGAGAACUUUAUAGGUUUUAG